UGCAAAAGGGGAAAACUGAACCCUGGUUGCAUCAGCGCGUUGAGUAGCACUUACCGGCGGAGUUACAUGCUGUUAGAUAUUUACAUUUUCUUGUAAUAUCUAGUACUUUAGCAAGUUAUAUCUAGGUAUUUCAGUCCAAAAGCAGUUGAAUAGAGGCAGCUAGAUGAAACUAUUCGUGAGUGACGGAAAUCCGCACUGUGUUAAAGUGCUAGCAGUCCUCGAAUUUACUGGAGUCAAAUGUGACGUUAAACAUGUCAACCACGAAGAGAGAGUGGUGCCCUACCUCAGCCGUCCAGCCCUGCCUGCUCUGCUCCUCCCCAGUGGAACAUACCUCUUCAGCCCCAACUCCAUCUGCCAAUACCUGAUAGAGGUGAAUGGACAGGAAUCCAGUGAUAUCGUCAACCAGUGGCUGGAAUGGGAAGCUACAGAACUACAGCCUGCAGUGAUGCAGGCCCUUCACAUGGUGGUGCUGCAGGGAAAAGGAGCACAAACCACCAGGGUUCUACAGGGACCUCUCAGCUACCUGGACCAGAGCCUGAGCAAGAGGACCACGUUGUUCCUCACUGCUGAGAUGGUUUCAGUGGCAGACGUUGUUCUGUGGGCAGCUCUCUACCCCAUCCUGUCUGACAGCAGUCUGGUAUCAGGUAAUCAGACGGAGCUGCAGCACUGGUUUGAGCGUGUGGGCAUGUUGGCAGCCUGUGGCUCUGCAGCCCAGACUGCACUGCACGGGAAGGGACUGAAGGCUGAGUCUCUGAAGACCUACCUGCAGAGACAGCCAUCCACACACCAUGGUCAGGGACAGGUUCAGGGUAGAGGCUCACAGCCAUGCAACAGCCCUGAGGGUGAUGACGAUGGUGAUUGUGUGCUGUCAGAGGAAGAGAUCCAGUCUUUUGCGGUCACCUGGGGUAAAGGACUUGCAGACUUACCCAUGGUUCCAGAGAGACAACACCCUAUUCUUCCUGUGGAGGGCAAGAGGAACGUCCUAGUGACCAGUGCCUUGCCUUAUGUUAACAACGUCCCUCAUCUGGGCAACAUCAUCGGCUGUGUGCUCAGCGCUGACGUCUUCGCCAGGUAUGGUCGUCUGCGUGGAUGGAAUGUACUGUAUGUGUGUGGGACUGAUGAGUACGGUACAGCUACAGAAAACAAGGCCCGUGAGGAAGGUCUAACAGCGCAGCAGAUCUGUGAUAAGUACCAUGCUGUCCACGCCUCCAUCUACCAGUGGUUCCAGGUGGACUUCGACUUCUUUGGCCGCACCACCACAAAGAAACAGACUGAGAUAGCCCAGAACAUCUUCUGGCGUCUCCAUGAGCGAGGUUUCCUACUUGAAGACAUUGUGGAGCAGCUGCGCUGCGAGGCGUGCCAGCGUUUUCUAGCCGACCGCUUCGUGGAGGGAACAUGUCCCUACUGCUCUUACCCAGAGGCCCGAGGGGACCAGUGUGACAAGUGUGGCAAGCUUAUCAACGCUGUGGAGCUACGGGAGCCUACUUGUAAGGUGUGUAGUCAGACUCCUGUAGUCCAAUCCUCCAAACACCUGUUCCUGGACCUGCCCAAGUUGGAGGCUGAGUUGGAGCAGUGGUUGGAGAAAUCUACUGGGUCAGGAGACUGGACGGCCAACGCCAAACAGAUCACCAGGUCCUGGGUGAGGGACGGACUCAAACCCCGCUGCAUCACCAGAGACCUGAAGUGGGGAACCCCUGUACCUCACCCCGACUUCUCUGACAAGGUGUUCUACGUGUGGUUUGACGCUCCUAUUGGUUACCUGUCCAUCACAGCCAACUACACUGACCAAUGGGAGAUGUGGUGGAAGAACCCACAACAGGUGGAGCUGUAUAACUUCAUGGCCAAGGACAACGUUCCGUUCCAUAGUGUGGUGUUCCCCUGCUCUCUACUGGGAGCACAGGACAACUAUACACUGGUGAACCACCUGGUGGCUACAGAGUACCUCAACUACGAGGACACCAAGUUCUCCAAGAGUCGAGGUGUUGGUGUGUUUGGUGACAUGGCCAAGGAUACGGGCAUCCCCUCUGACGUGUGGAGAUUCUACCUGCUCUACCUCCGUCCUGAGGGACAGGACUCGGCCUUCUCCUGGGUGGACAUGGCCACCAAGAACAACUCUGAGCUUCUCAACAACCUGGGCAACUUCAUCAACAGGGCUGGUAUGUUUGUCAGUAAGUUCUUUGAGAGCUAUGUCCCUGCCAUGGAUCUUCAGCAGGAGGACAAGAGGCUGUUGGCUCAGGUGGGAUGGGAGCUGAAGCAGUACAUGAACCUCAUGGACAGAGUCAAGAUCCGUGAUGCCCUGAAGUGUAUCCUCAACAUCUCUCGCCACGGUAACCAGUACAUCCAGGUCAACGAACCCUGGAAGAAAAUCAAAGGAGACGAAACAGACAGGCAGCGAUCGGGUACAGUGACAGGUGUGUCUGUGAAUGUGGCGUGCCUGCUGUCCGUCAUGCUCCAGCCCUACAUGCCAACGGUCAGUCAGACCAUCUGCCAGCAGCUGAACGCCCCGCCCACCGUUACCGGCACCAUGCUGCAGGGCACAGGGAACUUCGUCUGCUCUCUGCCCGCCGGGCAUCACAUUGGCACGGUCAGCCCGUUGUUCCAGAAACUAGAGGCUGAACAGAUCGAGUCUCUGAAGAAGAGGUUUGGAGGACAGCAGCCAGAGGAGGAGGAAGAAGAAGCCAAACCGAAGAAGCCGAAGACGGCAGCCCAGACUGAUGUCAACGCUCAGCCCGCUCCAAGCCCAGCUUCACAUCCUGCUGCUCAGACUGCAGUGAACGGUGCUGACGCUGAGAGAGCCAGAGAGUUAACACUGGCUGUGGCAGAACAGGGGGAGAAGGUCCGGACCCUGAAGGGCCAGAAGGCAGAGAAAGCUGUGAUUGGAGCAGAGGUCACCAAACUACUGGAACUGAAGAAACAGCUCUCCCUGGCUGAGGGAAAACACCCAGAACCAGUGUUGAUAAAAGGCAAGAAGAACGCUCAGCCCGCUCCAAGCCCAGCUUCACAUCCUGCUGCUCAGACUGCAGUGAACGGUGCUGACGCUGAGAGAGCCAGAGAGUUAACACUGGCUGUGGCAGAACAGGGGGAGAAGGUCCGGACCCUGAAGGGCCAGAAGGCAGAGAAAGCUGUGAUUGGAGCAGAGGUCACCAAACUACUGGAACUGAAGAAACAGCUCUCCCUGGCUGAGGGAAAACACCCAGAACCAGUGUUGAUAAAAGGCAAGAAGAAGUGAUUAGAUAUAAAGAGAAGACCGACAGAGGCUGGACAAAUGAGAGAAGUAGAGGCAAGAUUUGAAUAAUAAGAAGAAACAUGAGAGUGAGAUAAACAGAUCUGUGGCAGGAUAGAAGACAAUGUGGUGUUGCUUAUGGGGACAGAGUAAUGGGAAAGAUCAGUAAUCGAAGAGGGGGGAAUUGAAAACUGCUACAAAAUAUUCAGUCAAACUAUUUCUACAUCUCUUUACUGAAAGUAGCAGGUUCUAGUAGGCUGAUGGCUAGGUGGAUUCCCCGUUAUUUUUACUGCACGGUAUCAUGAAGAGAAAUAAAAUGAUUACAUGGCCACCAGGCUACGGUUCUACUGUCACUAUGCAGCAAUUAGUUCAGGUCAGUGUGUGUAAUAAUAUUAUAAUAUUGUUAUAUAAAAAAAGAGAAGUCAUGUUUUUACAUAUUCCCAUUUAUUCAAUCAAAUAAAUACCACAUUUGCUAAAAA